AUGGUGCAACAAAUGCCUCCUCAAGGAGGAUCACGCAAGAUCUCCUUCAAUGUCUCAGAUCAAUAUGAAAUUCAAGAUGUCAUCGGAGAGGGCGCCUAUGGUGUUGUCUGCUCCGCGAUCCACAAGCCUUCCGGACAGAAGGUCGCCAUCAAGAAGAUCACACCAUUCGACCAUUCCAUGUUCUGUCUGCGAACCCUACGUGAGAUGAAGCUGUUGCGGUAUUUCAACCACGAGAACAUUAUCUCUAUCUUGGAUAUCCAGCGGCCUCGGAAUUAUGAGAGCUUCAACGAGGUGUACCUGAUCCAGGAAUUGAUGGAGACAGACAUGCACCGCGUCAUCCGUACUCAGGACCUUUCCGACGACCAUUGCCAAUACUUCAUUUACCAGACCUUGCGCGCGCUGAAAGCCAUGCACUCGGCGAACGUUCUGCACCGUGAUCUCAAACCAUCCAAUCUUCUUCUUAAUGCCAACUGCGACCUGAAAGUCUGUGACUUCGGCUUGGCUCGGUCUGCUGCAUCGACGGAUGACAACUCGGGUUUCAUGACGGAAUAUGUGGCUACACGGUGGUAUCGUGCGCCGGAGAUCAUGUUGACGUUCAAGGAAUACACGAAGGCGAUUGAUGUGUGGAGUGUGGGCUGUAUCCUGGCUGAAAUGCUGAGCGGGAAGCCCCUGUUCCCUGGAAAGGACUACCACCACCAGUUGACCCUUAUCCUUGACGUCCUCGGAACGCCGACCAUGGAAGACUACUAUGGUAUCAAGUCCCGACGGGCUCGCGAGUACAUCCGAUCUCUCCCAUUUAAGAAGAAGAUUCCCUUCCGCGCCAUGUUCCCCAAGAGCAACGACCUCGCCCUGGAUCUGCUGGAGAAGCUCCUCGCCUUCAACCCGGCCAAGCGAAUCACAGUGGAGGAGGCGCUGCGCCAUCCAUACCUGGAGCCGUAUCAUGACCCGGAGGAUGAGCCCACCGCACCGCCGAUUCCAGAGGGAUUCUUUGAUUUCGAUAAGAACAAGGAUGCGUUGAGCAAGGAGCAGUUGAAGCUCCUGAUAUAUGAGGAGAUCAUGCGGUAAAGAAAUGACGAGCAUAUGAAUGCGGCUAAGAUACCAUAGUACGGGGGAACUAAACAAGGCAGUGCCUGUUUGUUCAAGUUCAGUGGGGUUUCAUUCGAGCACAUAAUAACAUGGAAGGAUAGAAAGAAAAGGAUAGGGACAAUGCUCGCGCGUUCCACCCUGAGUGAUAUGCUGCCAUUAUGGGAAGGGAAUAUGGAUGGAGUUGAUGUGAUGAUUCGGGCAUUUAAGCUUGUUUGAUAUAAUGCGAGC